AGGAUUUGUGAUAAAGCGCACAUUUAGGUUUUAUAGUGGAAGUGCGAGGUGGCAAACGUCUUUCGAGUUGUUGUAAUGUUGAAACCCUUAUAAGUACAGGAACCAUCUGAUGAGCUUUAAUUCAAGGCUUUUCAUUUGUUUGCCGGUCUUGAUAAUUGUAGUUGUUUCUCUCAUCUAAUUUGGGAACUAUAUAUUGUCCCAGUAUCGCGGAACUGAAAUAAAAAUCAGGAAAAAGGGGGUUCCCAAACUGGAAAUGUAUAUGGGGUUUCGAUUGCUGUGUUGAGUCUUGAAGGAAUAUGCAUUCCAUGAAAUAUUCCUAGUAGUCUAACGUAUUAAGUAGAUAUUCUUGCACUACUUUCAGUGCUAUUUCAAAAGGAAAAGAAAACUGUUGUUCACAAUCAAGUAAAACUUUCAAUUUUUCGUCGGUAACGUAUAAGGACUAUCUUUUUACUUCAAAUGAGUUAAUUACAGGAAGUAAUGACGCAUUUGCUAGCCUUUGUAUCUGUAUUGUUUGCACUCGCUUUGACUGUUUCUUCUCUGCGUAAUGGUUAUAAGCUGAAAAGUCAGGGUUUCUGGUUCAAAAAGGCUCGUCUCUCGCUGGCUAUGUGAAAAGACGAGGUGCUGAACAAUACGAGGCUGAAAUUAGAAGCUGGUGAAAAAUGAAUCUCAAAUUUGUGAAUUUUGAGUGAUAACGCUUCAAAAUCACUUUUAGAGCAGCACAGUGCCAUUAAAUUAGUCUACUUGACAAGCGAUCGUAGGUAAGUGAACAAAUGGACCCUUUCAUGCUGGAUGUAUUCGCCGUGACAGGAACGUUGCUGAUCCAAUCUGUAUACGAUAAGUAACUUAAUUCUGAAAAUUCCAUGUAACUAAAGGUUGGCAAAACCCACAAGUGUAAAGCAUGAUCUACCUUAUUUGUUGGAUACUGCUUCCUUUACUGUUAUUGAUACCAUAUCUCAUGAGAGUGAAAUGUAAGACUUAGUUGUCGCUUGAAAUGGAGGGAACAAGAGCUGCUGCAUAGUUUAGUUUAUUGUAGCCCCAAAUAUGAGGUAAUUGAUACAUUGCCAGUCACUCAACACUUGAUUUAUUAUCAGUCGAUGUUUGAUCUUAGAGGACUCGUGCACCUGUCGUAGAUUUACUCAAUGCAUGUCCUACUCAUCGAGAAUCUUUCCCUAAUUUUCUAUUCAGCUGGUAGGUGGUAUUUUGACAAACUAGGUUGUUGCUGAUGCUAUGCAGUCACCGGACAUUGAGUAUCUUGCGUAGACAUUUGGUUGUAAAUACCAGUAUAUUUUUGAUGAUGGUUGCAGUAGUUUUCCACGUUUCGACUCAAUACAGUAGAACUGUUCUGAUAUUUGUUUUGAAGAUUGUAACUUUGAUGUUGUCUAACAGUUGUCUUGAGUUCCAGAUGUUCUUCUGUCGUAGGAAUGCUACUCUUGCUUUGUCAAUCCUAGCCUUCACAUAUGUAUCUGAUCUCCCUUGUAUAUCGUUGAUACUGCUUGGGUACGUAAAACUUUCCACCUCUUCCUAAGCUUCCCCAUCAAGUGUGAUUGGGUUGAUGCUUUCCGUGUUGUAUUUUAUGAUCUUGCUUUUUCCCUUGUGUAUGUUGAGGCCUACUACUGAAGAGAUUGGGUGAUUGGCUGUCUUCAUGUGCAUUUGUUGAUGUGCAUGAGAAAGAACAACCAGGUCAAUAGCGAAGGCCAAAUCGUCCAGAUGCAUGCAGUUUGUUCAUUGUAUUUCAUGCUUUCCCUAAGAUGUGGAGAUCUUCAUAAUACAGUCAAUCACCAAAAGUAAAAGAAAGGGAUAUAGUGAGCAGAUAUUUCUGACUCCGGUCCUCACUUGGAAUGCAGCUGUCCUACAUGCACGAUUUUUCAGUGUAGUCCGUCGUAUAAAUUCGGCUUGUUGAUCUUGAAGUUGAGCGUGCACUGAGUUUUUCAUUCCGUUCAAUAAUAAUUUAUUGAAAACUUCCUGAUACUUAUAGUAGUGUGAUGCCUCUGUAGUUUUCACACUUGCUGAGGUCUUCCUUGGGUAUGAUCAUGAGGCAUCCAUCCCAGUAUGUCCCUUCUUAUUCUUCCUCUUAAAUGUUUUUGAAUAGAGCGUGGAACAUCUUUGCAGUUGCUUCUAUAUCUGACUUCUGUACUUAGGUUGAUAUGUUUUCUGGUCUAGCUGCUUUCCCACUCCUGAUUUGUCUGGUAGUCAUGCCAAUCUGUUCGAUUGUUGAUGGGUUAAAAGCUGUGGUAAUGUCUGUUUGUGUUGUUUCAAUGUCCGGUGGGGGCAUAGCUCUGGAUAACCUUCAUUGUAAUCCUCUCUUUGUUUUAAAGGAUGGUUUGGUGAUUCUGGAUCGAUGAGAUUCACAUCCUAUAAGCGCUCUUUGUGUUUCUUUAAAGAGCAUUACGUACAAAGCAUUUUCUUCAUAACCUAAGUACAACAGCAUCUCUUUCGAAGCUUAUCUUUUCUAUCCAGCUUAAGUUCGAUAGGUUUCACUUAUUUCGAGAAUUUCCAAGUUUUUUCUCCUCAUUUCUGUAGCUACUCGCCUAGUCCUCCUUGUGUCUCACAUUGUCCGGACAUCCCAUGUAUCUGUAUUGUUGCUCUGGUCGCCCUUGUGACUUCUGAAGAAUCUCGGCUUUCACAAUGAAGUGUCAUAAUUUUUCUGAAUGUAGUUCCUUCAACUCCCAGGUCAGAGUUUAAAUGGUUCAAGUGAGUUUUUUGGUUAGCAUUUUUUUAGCAAGGCUGUGUUUCUAUGGAUGGCAUUUCUGACCCCUCACCCAACCCUCCCCGUUUAUCUACUGUUGGGACUGGCAUUAACCCUAGAAGGGCUACAGGCAGGGUUACAUCAUUAUGUACCUUGAAGGAUUUAAGGAAAACCAAGAGACUUUUUAUCAUGGUUCAGUAAUGAGCUUCGUACCCCUCUCUGCAAAAGAAAAAAUAAUGUGUGGGUAAACUAUUUUAUGUGCUACACAUGCCUAAACACCGUUUACCACGACGUGCAAUGCUGACUAGUGCUGGAGAUGAUUGGAAGAAAGUUAGGGGUGACCAAACCAAAACGUGGCAUCAGUCCUUGAAGUCACUAACUUCUGGUCUGAGCCAUGUUGGUGGAUGCAGACUACUUGGUUGGAGUCCGCACGACUAUCGUAACCAAUGGUUGGAGACUCUGGGUGACACUACUCAGAAUCGAUCAAACUGGCAUAGGUUUAUACACUCAUUGUUUUCCCUUAAACUGUGAGAUUAAAAUUGCUUUAUACAUUUCUUUCUACAAACUAAUUCUUUCUUCCUGUACUAUAUCCUUAUUGCAAUCUUUUUUUAUAUAUUGCUACCACUGAGUUAACUGCUUCUAUGAAUUCGGUGUUUAUCUUGUUGUGCUAAUGAAAUGUGGCAACUUGGACUGAUGCAUAUAUGUUUCUGGUCCUACGUUGUAUAUGACUGACUGACUAUUGUUAUUAGGCUUUGAUGAAACUAUAUCUUAGUAUAAAAUGACAGAAAUAUUUGUUUCUUGGCCGUAUAUAAUUCUAGAAGGAAGUGUAAAUAAAAUUGUGGUAAAGAUUCUGUACAAUGCCCUAGGCACUUAUAUCUUCUUAUGAGCCGAAGGACAAAGAGUAGGUCUGUACCCCAGCAUCAUAUAAACGUGGUGUUAUGACAUCGCCAGUUAGAGAUGUCUAAGACAAAGCCCGGGUAUUCAAACUACGUGAACAAUGUUUAUAAUGUAGAGACGCCUUUUCCCCAGGUAAAAAUAAAUCCUUACAAUUAAUAAACUUGUAACCUGUGAUAUGUUACAUAAGCUUGAUGUAAGAAAACCUGUGGGACCCCAUGAACUGAUUCUAGAUUACUAAAGGGACUUCGUCGUUUUAUUGCAAAUCCCUUAAGUCUUUACUUUGGUCCAUCUGUAACCCAAAGUGAAUUAUCCAGAAACUGGGAAAACAUUAGUGAGUCGUAUCUUUGAAACAGGGUCAAAAUGUAAACCUAGAAACUACUAUACUGUAUCAUAGUUGUCAGUAUUCCAAAAAUGACUCGCAAGGAGUUAGUCAAAUAUUUAGAUGGAAAUCUGAUCGUCGAUUAAUGUUUCCUGGUGUAAAUUGGUGCAUGUAGAUCACCAGGGUAUGGCUACAUACACGGGAAAUAAUUUUGAGCUACCCCUUAUCCAGACGCACUGCUUUAGGAGUGCUUGUCGAUCAAGACUCGAGGACCAAAGUACAACGCCGUCCAACAGCUGCCAAAAGUUCUAAAACCCUCUAGUCAGUACGUAUAACCUAUAGAAACACGGAUUUUGGAAAUUUUCCAACUAAGUUCGUUUGACCAACACAUGAGUAUUUCAUACUGACAGGCAGCCCCUGUUUAAAAACAGGCAAUGAGCUGUCGGAAAAGGUCCAGAAAACCCCAACUGAGUUGAUCCCCACAAUCGCAAGGUUAGAUGUAGGCAUAGAAUGUGUAAGGCAAUAUAACUCCCGGGAUGGAGUUCCAUAAUAGGCAGUAACCAGAGCAGGUUCGCAUAUUAUUCGUGUCCUCGAUAUCCAAGGCCCUACUUACACCAUUGCUUUGGAAUUAGGGUUUCCCAACUUCCUUAGACGGAUCUUCCGUUUCUGUUAAUCCGGCUCAUGCUUCUGACGUCCACUUUCACCUCAUUUUUACAGAAACCCAUGUCACUUAAAAGCAGGAAAUGAAACGUCCCUAGAAAAGGUUACAUACUCGCAGACAUGAUAACUUCUGGUUAAGGAGAACAGGAUCGAUCCUACUAUUGGAUUUAAAGACAGUCGUGGGUUCAUUCUGACUGUACAUCGUCAGUUUUACAACACAUCGAUGAGUGCAGUUCUAUUUCGUACUUGGGAGGUCUGACUUCUAAAUCGAGGGUAGCCAUCUCCGAGGGUUUCCCAAUACGGGUUAGAACAAAUGUUGAUAGCACUAAAGUCAAUUAGCUUAUUAGGUGGCUUGGUCAUGAUUUACAAAUUCCAUUUCAAUGGCUUUCACAUCGCUCAUUAUUUCCCGACACGGAUAGUAGGAAAAGCCAAAAGAUGGCUGUUUUAUGAAGUGAAUCCGUGAAACAAGAUAGGUGUAUAAAACUGGUGUCUGUCAUGCAUCAUGGAGUCAUUAUUCAAGUCCUAAAAAUCAUGUUACUCAGCGGCUCGAGAAAUUAUCAAAUACGGCUCGAAAUAGAAGCUCAUUCUGAUUCUAUUGUUUCCUACGAUCGAAGUUUCCACCGUUUGUAUUUUUAGAUGAAUAGUAUCUUGUACUGACAACUAUACUAAUUUAUUAAAUGUACGACUUUUCCUUUUUCAUAAUUUAAUUUUUUUUUAGUAUUCUUACCGAAAUUUGUCUUACAAAUGAAUAAGAGUCUCGAUAAUGUUAGAUAUUAAUGAUAUAUCCACCAGACUUUUGCAUCAAAGCGCCUAUGUCCCAUAGUGAAUAGGUCAAUGGAAUAAUAAUCUCUAUUUUAUAAAUUAAUCGGUUUUUAUUCAGGGUUCUUAGAGUUCACAUACAUUUCAAUUUAAUGCGACAUUUGACUACACCUGAAGUUGAAUAAAUACCUGCCUGCUCAUUGAUAAUUCAUUUGUUAUCGUUGCAGCACUUUUUUUACUUAAAUACUAUUAUCAAUAAUUAUAUAAUUUCCGAAUAUCGUGGCCAAAAAAAUGGUGUUAAACGAGGUAAAUAAGCCACUCACCAUGGCUUUCACGUACGUUAACAGAGGUGGUUGGCUUAUGUUAUGCUCACUAUUCGCGCAGAAUAGUUUACUGUAGAUUGGAAAAAAAUCUAAUCAAUCCUGAGUUUAGACUAAUCAGUUUCAUUCAUCAAUGUGAUCAUUGGGCUUUGUACUCGUAUGUAAUAAAAUAAAGUUUUCUUGACUUGUAAGUCUUCUUUUUGCCCACUGACUUUUAGUAUAUUUUUUCAUGUUUUUGAGAAGUGUAGUGUGUAAAAUUAAUAUGCACACAAAAUAAUCUUCAUCUUUCAUUCGGUUGAGAUAGGUUUUUAAUUGUUUGCUAACUGUCAUUAUAUAAUGUCUUAAAAAUAAGUUUCCGGAUCCUUAUUUUUAGGUUGCUGAUUGUGUGGUAUCAGUUAGCUCACAGAAGUGUCAUUCCUUGUGUAUAUAUGUUUGGUCUCAACGUAUUACGUGUAACCUUCAAAGAUAAUCUUUUCCUACAUAACAAUUCGGUGACAAUUUAAAGCCAGUCAGAAAUACUGGAUUUUAACUAUUUAAUAGUCUAUCUUUCAGUAAAUGGAAAAUCCUGGAGCCGGUACUCCAGUAAAAAUAUGCCCAUAUGGUGAAGAAUUCGGAAUAACCACUCCAUCUGGGGGUUUGAUUUUUAAUCCAUUCCAUAAAGAAUUUCUCAGUCGUGUUGAACAAGUGAACUUCAGCCCAGGAAUAUUUGCCUACAAUCCCAGUCCGAUUAGCAAAAGUGGUUCAAGGAAAACAACUCCCAACAGAAUCAAGACACCUUUUAUCUUAUCUCCUGACAUUCAGGGAGAAUUGUUCCCUGCUGAUAUAGACGAAAAUCCAAUACUACAAUUGAAACUUCAAGAGAAACUGGAUACUCAGUGUGAUGAUGAGAUUCAGAAUAGAAUUCAUAGCUUUUUUAAAAAUCAUCUUAUUGCACCGAGCCCUGACACAGUAGUAUUUGACUCACCAACCAAAUUCCACUCCAGUUGUCUCCCAAGGACUUCAUCUCUUCUACCUACAGCUACUCCUUUAGGUAAAAAGAAAAAGAAUUCCUAUAUUCUAGGAAAUACUUCAAGUUGUAUGUGCGAAGUUGCAGUACAAACAUCAAUCUCUAUGCCUCCAUCAUUUGAUUUUGAGUCAGUUAUGCAAAUUGCUUUUGAACAGAAUCAUUCAAUGAAAAAUCUAUCCGUUGCGAAAUCUUCAGUUAUGUUGUCAAUAACAUCAAAUGAAAUGAUCAUCAAUGAUGAUAAAUCAAAUUCACAACAAAAAUCGGAUCCAUUCACAAAUAGUAUAUCAUUAUCAGCUUGUGCAGUUGAUCGUCCUAUUCCUUGCAAUUCAAAUAGUAACUCUUUGUCAAUACUUCAUAAAAAUUCUCGUCAUUUACUUAGUCGACGUAGUCUCUUCUCUGAUUCAUCCGAAAUAAAUGAAGAACCUAGUUACACGGUCGUAGAUGACAAUGAAUUGAAUGAACAACAACGUACAUUAACUUCAUCUGACGAUUUAAGUCGUCAUAAUCAUCAUGAUAAUUUAAACUUUUCAUCUGUUAUUACACAACCAGCAUGUUCAAGCUAUCUGUCAUCAACAAAAAUGGAUUACGGAUCUUCACAUACAAAAUUCAGUAUUGAUAAAUUUUCUCCUAAAAAUGAAUCAAGUUCUUUAUUGAUUAAAGAAACUGCUGCGUUACAAAUGUGUUUGCCUGCAAGUUGGGCUGAUACUGUUGGCAAUAGUGAUAGUUCCGAUGAUGAUAAUUAUUAUAAUGAUGAUAGUAAUAAUGAUAUUAAGAAUAAUGAUGAUAAUUUAACAGAUCAAGAUAAUUCAGUCAGUAUGCAUACGUUGAAUCGAACUACAGUUGAACAGAUUUCUAAAAAUAUUGAUAAUAAUGAUAAUGUUAUAUAUUUCGAUGAUACUAAUACAAAUGUUGGUCAUUACAAACAUAUUGAUUAUUGUUCAUCUCAAAUGAAUUCACCACAAUAUCAACAACAAUAUCGUUGUGGUAGUACUAGUCCAAAUGUUUGUUACACUGAUAUAUCAUUUCAAAGUCCUGAUUUAUCACCAAUCUUACCUAUACAUCGUAAGAAUAGUUGUACAAAUUGUCCACUAUUUACUGAUGAAGUUAAAGAUAUUUCCCUUGUUCAAACUAACAUGCAUAUGAAUGAGAUUAGUAGUAAUCAUGGAAGUAUGCCAGCGAAAUGUUUAUUCCCGCCUAAUUUGAAUGGAUCAACUUGACAACAGUAAUAUUAUUACUGUUGUUGUAAUGAUAAAUUGUCGUAAUAUUAUUGCAAUAAAAUAUGUAGUAGUCAUAAUGAUAAUUUUGUCACGUGAAAAAUGUGGUUAUACGAUUACUCUCUCUCUCUCUCUCUGUUAUCCCGCCUCCUACCGACUUACAAUGAAUCGUUUUAAUUGUACUAACAUUGUGUUUUUUUUCUCCCAGCUCUGUGACCGGAUGAUUACUUUUUAUCUCACGUAAUACCUUUUUUCUUGAUUAAUGUAUAACUGAAUGCGUUAUUAACAAUCAAUAUUCUUGUCCAAAGUUAUUUUUUCUUUAAAGACAAGGCUUUACUACUAUUUGUAAGUGACUUCUUUUUUUCGUAAAAAUAAAACAUCAUUCUGUGGUAUUUGCAAUAAUUAACUAGUAUUAUUUACUAGUAAUUUGUCCAUCUUAUUUUCUCAUUUUAAGCCAAAAAUAUUAAUGUUAUUAGAAUUA